AUGUCAACCUAUCUUUUCGCUAAGGAUCUGAUCUCCCCAUCUGUAGCAUCGGAAUUGCCCAAAGGCUACACUCUCCGUCCACUCCAAAAGUCCGAUCAUGCGGAGUUCCUCUCGGUCCUGACGAUUCUCACGAAGGUCGGCGAUAUAUCCUUCGAGACCUGGUCAGCUCGCUACGACUGGAUGGCCGCCAGAAACGACGAGUAUUUCGUUAUCGUCAUAGAGAACGAUCUGGGGAAGGUGGUUGCUGUGGGAAGCUUGAUUAUUGAGAAGAAAUUGUUGUUAUCCCCCCUUGUUCUCCAAGUUUCUCUUCAUUCACACACGCGGGCUCUUUCUAACGGAGAUGAGGUGGAUAGUAUCAGGAAUUGUGCUGCUGUGGGCCAUAUCGAAGACAUUGCUGUGGCGGCUGACCAGCAGGGGAAAAAGCUUGGGUUGAGAAUUAUCCAAGCAUUGGAUGCUAUCGCUCAGCAGGUCGGCUGUUACAAAUCUAUCCUUGAUUGCUCAGAAAAAAAUCAGGGCUUCUAUGAGAAGUGUGGUUUCAAGCUCGCGGGGGUCCAGAUGGUAUGUCGCUAUCAGAGAGGUCGCUCUUGCUUAUUGCCCUCCUAUCUUCCAGGACUAAUUUUGAUAGGCGCACUACUAUGAAGGGAAAUAA